AUGAAUAACAGUAUAAGUGCGAGGACUAAAUCGCUGAGAGAGAAGUUCAGCAGAAAUAGGAGUUAUUCGGAGCUAUCGUUCAAAGACUCGUCCGCUUCUUCCACACCGACCGGAGAGGCGCCGCCUUUCAGAUACAGCACUCGGCAACUCUCCAGAAGCCAUGUUCCUAUGCUUCCCGAACAGGGUCGUCAGAAUAGCGCGGAUGCCAUACGAGUGACGAGUAUUCCCGGCGAACAGAUCUCCAACUCAUACAACAUAUUACCAGAAGAGGCCUAUUGUAGUGCUUUGGACAUAAACAGUGGUGACGACGGCCCGCGCUUUCCCUGGCAAUGCGAUGCCGCCAUUCAGUGCGAUCUCGUCUCCGCCCCCACUCUCCCGAAGCCUAACAAAUCGGCGUCCCAUUCGUCCCAUACGUACCAUAAUAUCAACGCAUCGUUAGCGGCCGACCAGCACUCGGGCGGCCACAAGGGUUCUGGGAUUCGCUUCUGGAAAAGCUCUUCCAUAUUAGGCGCCAAUAAUACGGACGACAAUAAGAAGCCAAGUGUUGCGCCGCCGAAGAAACGCGACCACAAAUCAGUGCUUCAAAGGGCGGCCUCUUUUGAUUCGCGCGGAUAUUCGCGAUUAGUUCAGACCUCGACUCCCAAUUCGCCCACAUUUUCCGGUGGCGGCUCACAGACCAGACUUUACGUUCCGCAUCACAUCCAGACACUGACCCCCAGCCACGAGUCAUCAAAGCCCGGAUCACUGGAGGGAACCCCGCCUUCGCUUCGCAAAGAGCGCCGACAGAGUGUCGGCACUAACUCUGCGCCCAACUCACGGAGCGGAACACCGACGCAAACACCACUUUAUAAUCCAUUUAAUUUCUAUCAAACAGGUAUAACAGGACCCUUUUCUCAGCCCCCGAGUAGAAAAAUAAGUAGUGAGAAGAGACGGCUAUGUUUUGUGCGAAAACAGGCCAAUUCAGCGCCCGAUUCAUUUGAAAACGACUCUCGACCACAGUCACCCGAAAAAUAUGAGAAGCCUAGCGUCGAGGUCUUCACAUUUGAUGCAAUGCACAGACUUCUUGACAUAUCAUUGCGGGCGACGAGUGACUCGAAGGAUAUGUUGACCAAACCUUUACUCCUCAAUAUACCAACAGCUGGGGGUAAGUGCUUC